CUGCACGGCCGCCGUGCGGGGCGGGGCGGGCGGCGGAAUUUAAACACGGACAAGCGGCGGGCUCGGAGCCGAGCUGGGCAGGGCCAUGGCCGGCACGGCUUCCCCUCGGCCCCUCCGCGGACAGUCCUUCUACCUGGACCUGCCCAGCGGCCGCAGCGCCCGGGACCUGGCGGAGGCCAUCGGGCGGCUCGGCGGGGUGACAGAAAGCUUCCUCAGCAAAGAAGUCACCUGUGUGGUGUCCAGCAACAGAGAGGCCAAGAGGGGCCAGCCCAGGGCUCGGGAGGAGAAACAGAGCAACCCAACUGCAGAAAGCACAAAAUCCACGAGCUCAGUGCCUGCUGCCCCCAAAGGAACCCCAGCCAGAGCUCACCAGAAGCCACCAUACCCUGCACUGCUGAGCAGGGGGAAGGAGCUGCUGAACAAGGCCAUGAAGAACCAGGACACCUGCAGUGGCAGCAGCAUCCUCGCCAACGCUCGCCUGUGGGGAGUCCAGAUCCUGCAUGUGGAUGAAAUGUUGUCCUAUGCCCAGCAGCUGCUGCGAGCCAUCUCAGGAGCAAGGAAGCAGUGCCAGAAGACAGAGGUGAAAUGCCCUGCCUCCAAAUCCAAAAUUCACAGAGGAAAAUUGAAGCCCCCUUUUCUGAAAGUUGAAGACCAGAGCAGGCAAUUCAGGCCCUUCCAUCACCAAUUCCAGAGCUUUCCUGCCCUCAACUUCCUGGCACCCAAAAGCUGCAGCCCAUUUGAGCCUCUGAAAAGCCUCUCCAGUUCCUGCCAAGCCAGGGGUGCUGAGGGCUGUGCCCUGCACAGCACUGGAGGGAAGAGCCCUCGUUCCACACACGUCACCGUGCCCAGGAAAAGGAGGGGCUUCUGUGAGUGCUGCCAAGAGACCUUUGAAGAGCUGCAGAAGCAUCUCCAGAGCCCCCAGCACCAGAGGUUUGCCCAGGACAGCUCCCAGUACAUCCCUGUGGACCGUGUCAUCUCCCAGCUCACCAACAGCUUCCUGGAGGGCUCAGCCAGGGUGCCCUGGUCCUGCCUGCCAGAUGAACGUGUGGUGCCUCAAGCACACAGCACUGGAGGAAUGAAGCUGCUGCCAGCAGAGCUGGGAGAGGAAGGGGAGCAGCCUGAGCAGGAUGCUGUGGAGCUGAUAACAGAUAGAGAGCUGGAUCAUGGCCUGAAGACCCAGGGACAUUCCCCCUGCCUGCCCAGGGACAGGGUCACAGAUCCCACAGGAGGAGGGGACUUGUCAAAGCCCAGAUCCCUGCAGCUGCCAAGGGGAGCAGGGCCCAGCAGAGGGGUCUGUGCUGCCCAUGGUGCCAUGGGGGACGCUGGGCUGGGGGCUUCAGGUUUAGAUUUGGCUCCUGAGCGGGGCUGGGAGCCUCAUGCAUCACCCACUCCUGUCAGAGACACAGUGGCUUCUUCAUGUGAACCUGUCAGCCACCCUCCCCAAGGCCAGGCUGCCUCCAGGAAGCGCCAGCUGUGCUCCAGCCACAGCUCCCAGGUGGCAAAGAGGCCCAGGCUGGAGCUGGGUUCUGGCCUGUCCCCCCUGGGUGAGCAGAUGGGGGCACAGGGUGCAGGGCAGGUGUCUGAGCCAGCCCUGCCUGCCUUGGGGAGGGCUGGCAGCCUGCCCCUGGGCACAGAGCUCUCCAGCAGACCUCACAGCUCCCUUGCUUUGGAUCUGUGCCUGUGUCAGAGCCCUGGGGGCCCUGUGUCCCAGCCAGCAUCCCCAGGGGCAGUGGCUGCAGGUUGGGAUGCUGGGCAGGCAGCUGCAGCCAGCACUGUCAGCGAGCAUGGCCGGAGCAGGGACAGUGACAGUGACAGCACAGCCAGGGGUGGGAGCAGGCCUGCUCUGGAGGGCACAGCGAGCAGGACCAGCUGCCCUGCUGGCUGCCUGCCCUCUCCCACACUGCCCCUGGCUGCAGCCAGAUGUUGCUGCUGUGUCAGGGCAGCACAAGCAGCGGCCCCUGGAGCUCCCGGUGUCCUCCCGCCUCCUCCCCAGUGCCCCGAGGCUGUUCCCGGCUCCAGCAGGAGCUCCUCGGGCUCAGACUGGGCUGUGCAGCUCCUCCCGGGUGUCCAGGGCUGCAGGAUUCCAGCUGUGGGCAGGGAUUUGCUGCAGCUGCAGCCCCAGGGCAGGGUGAGGGACAGUGGGUGCGGGUACGAGUCCCAGCUCUGCUCCGUGCUCAGGGAGGCGGAGCUGGACAGGAGCUGCAGGAACUGCUGCACUGAGACACGAGGAGCCUCUUUCCCCAUCCUUGGAACGUUGUUUGGCAGCUAAAAGCAUCUCCAGGCUGCUCUGUGGAGCCUCAGUGGGAGCUGGGAUGGGAUUCACCAAGGCACCCUCUGUGUCAGGAGCAGGAGGGACAUCCAAGGGUGAGGACAGCACUGGCAGCCUGGGCAGCUCUCCUGGUGGGAAUAGGUGGGGAUGCUGUGGCUUCCCUGUCCUUGGCUGUGAUCUUCCCUCCCCUGCUGGCCACGUUUAGAGCCAGCAGAUUCCUCUGAUUCCUUACAAGACUCAUCACGGACCCAGUGGUGCCUCUGGAAGUCUCCACCCAACAUCUGUGUGCUCCUUACCCUUCCAGAGUUCUUCCUCUCACACGAUCCCCAGAGCUGCAAAGACUUCUGAGAGAAGGCUCAGGGGGAUGAGAUUUGUGCUCUUGCUGUGAUCUGGGCGUUGUCUUUACAUAUUUUCAGGUGGUUUUAACUUGUUUGGGAUUUUUUUAUAAACUUUUGAAAUAAAAUGGAGGGAUGAGAUUCUGCUCUGCCUUAAUGUGGGAAUGUGGCUGGGGGCAGGAGCAGAGCAGUAGGGGUUGGGUGGAGGAAGCUUUGUGCGCAAUGGACACCAUGAUGGAGGGGGUCCAGCCCCAGAACAUCUCCCCAUCUUUGGUUUACCAGAGGAGUGUGGCCAACAGGUACUGGGAAGCUCCUGGACCCAGUGCAGGGGUGGUGCCCAGCAAGGAGGGGUGUGGAGAACCUGGAGAGCAUCUUGUUCACCUCUCCUGGGCAUGGGGCUGAGGGAUGGAGGUCAAGGAUGGGCUGGAGGAUGUUCUGGAAUGUUUAAAGCAGCCUGUGGCUUCUUGAAGGGCAGUUCCAAGCACCUUUCUGUGGUGCCAAGCUGCUUCCAGGUGUGGUUGGGAAAAGGAAAGGCUCAGGGCCCAGGAGGGUGGGACAGGCACCCAGAGGAGUGGGGUCUGUCUGUCCUUGGGGAUGUUCAGUCCUUGAGUGAAGGACAACACUCCAGGCUCAAAGGGAAGGCUUGAAGAGGGAGCAGGGACCUGGGGCACACGAGGCUUCAUAGGUUCCUCCUGAGCUGAAUCCUUCUCCAGUGCAACAGCCAAACUCCAGUCCUUUCCCUGCUGCAGCCCCUGCCAUGAAGGGCUGAUCAAACCCCACUGGGCUCAGGGUUCUGCCCUGGAGCUGGCCCAGCAGGAAGGUGAUCCCUGGAGAGAGGGGCUUGGGGCACCAACCAGCCCCUGGCCUGGUGGGUUCAGCCUCCUGUGCCCCUCAGACAGCAAAGAAGGGGCCCUGGGGAC